AUGAACUUGAACGAAGUACAGAAACUGGAGGGCAUGAUUGCAGCUCUGAAUAGGUUUGUAUCCCGGUCAACAGAUAAAUGUCUUCCUUUCUUUCAGGUGCUUAAGAAAGCACGAGAGUGGGAUGCCAAGUGUGAAGAAGUAUUUUCUCAGUUGAAAGAGUAUCUAGUUAAGCCACCACUGCUCAGUCACACCAAGCUGGGAGAGCCAUUGUCAUUAUUCUUAGUAGUAACUCCAGAUGUAGUAUUUGCUGCGUUGGUGUUGCAGAAACCAGACACCUUAGGACAGUUGGUCAAAUGGUCAAUUGAACUAAGUGAGUAUGACAUCAACUACAUACCAAAGAGCGCUGUGAAAGGAUCACUCUCCCGCGAUCUUGUCGCGGCUAGCAGCCGCCAUUUCCUUUUCUCCGGUCGCCGCCAUAUCCGGAUGCUCGGUGUUAAUACGCCCUCCGGAUGGAGGAGGGGUGGAAAUCCGCCUGCUAGGGCGGAUGCUCAGCCCUGGCCUGAAUGA